UUUAGAAUAGACAAAAUCUCCAAUUUUGCUGGUUGAUACCGGAAGUAGACGCUCAAACUAGUUCCGGUGCAAUUUAGAUCGCGGGGUAGACGUCCUCCAUUAGUGUUUUCGCUAGUUAGUUCCUGGCAAGUUGGAGUUGUAUUUAGCCCGGCUUUGGAGACACCGGGGCGGGCUUCAUGUUCAACAAGUUCGCCGCUGCCGUCCUUCCGUUUCGCCGUCACCUGCUCUCCACCUCGUCGUCGGCGGCUUUGACCAGGACUCGCCGCCUCCUCGGCAGCAUGGAGCCGGCCUCGGUGAGAUGUGUGGCCGGGGAACCCAAGCUGACCAUCUCGUUCCGCGUGGACGGCAGCCAGAAGCACAUGCAGCGGGAGCAGGACGAACCGCUGGGGAAAGUCCUGACCCGCAUCGCCUGCACCCUCGCCAAGGGCAAAACCAAGCCGAAGAAGGCGAAGAGGAACGGGGAGCAGAAGCCGGCGGCGGCGGCGGCAGGGGACACCUCGGAGCCCGCCGUGGUGAAGCUUUACGUGGACGGAGGUGAGGUGCCGGAGACGGUGGUGAACGCGGAGGCCUGGCGGGACGGGGCAGUGCUGCAGGUGGGCGACGUCCGGUACUCGAUCCGCCGCAACGAGCCCACCUUCACCACAGCCGAGCUGCCGGCCUCCCUGCUGGCUGGCUUCCCGGUGUGUCCCAAGCUGGAGGUGGAGUUCGGAGACAUGGACCGCUGCGAGUUUGCGUGGUACAAGGAGAAGAGCCCAAACGUCAGUGCCAAAGCCGCCGAGGAGGCGAGCGCCCAGGAUACCGACUGGGUAGAAGUGGGCCGCACCCGAGUCUACGUCCCGGGAAACUGUGACAUCGGCCGCCGGCUCCGACUCCGCUGCACGCCCAAAGACGGCGGCGGGCGCGACGGGCGAGCCAGCGAGCUCCUCUCCGGGGCCGUGGAGGCCGGGCCGGGGGCGUGCACCUUCGACGAGCGUCACACGUACACGGCCAAAGAGGCGGCGUGGCCGGCGCUGCGGGUGGUAUCCUACAAUAUCCUGGCCGACGUCUACGCGCAGACGGAGCUGUCCAAGACGGUGCUGUACCCCUACUGCGCCCCUUACGCCCUGCAGCUGGAUUACAGGCAGAACCUGAUCAAGAAGGAGCUGGCGGGAUACCACGCCGACGUUGUCUGUCUGCAGGAGGUGGACAAAGGGGUGUUUUGGGACAGUCUGAGUCCCGCUCUCGAUGCCUUUGGCCUGGACGGGGUCUUUAAGCUAAAAGAGAAGCAACACGAAGGAUUGGCGACCUUCUACCGCAGGACAAGAUUCAAGCUCCUGAGUCGCCACGACAUCACGCUGAGCGAGGCGCUGACGUCGGACCCGCUCCACGGCGAGCUGCUGGAGAGGAUCUCGGCGGACGACACCCUUAGAGACAAGAUCGUGAAGCGCUCCACCGCCUUGCAGGUUAGCGUGCUGGAGGACCUCCACCAGGCGGGCAGGAAAGUGUGCGUGGCCAACACACACCUGUACUGGCACCCUCAAGGCGGUAACGUCCGCUUGAUCCAGAUGGCUGUGGCUCUGCGGCACUUGAGUCACGUGAUGGCCGAGGUGGUCCCGGGAGCGCCGUUGGUCUUCUGCGGCGACUUCAACUCCUCACCCAGCUCCGGCGUCCUCCAGCUGCUCACCGAGGGCGAGCUCCCCCGGCGACACGCCGACUGGAGGGGCGAGGGUUCGCCGCCGUGUACGUUCGCCACGGACUUGACGUCGCCGUUCCCGCCGCUGCUGAGCGCCUGCGGCCCGCUGGCCUACACCAACUACGUGGGCGGCUUCCAGGGCUGCCUGGACUACAUCUUCAUCCAGCCGCAGAGCAUGCGGGUGGAGCAGGUCAUCCCCAUGCCGGCCCACCACUUGGUGACCACUCACACGGCGCUGCCCAGCGUAGCCCACCCGUCGGACCACAUCGCGCUGGUCUGCGACCUGCGCUGGGACCCCUGACGUUAAAAUCACAACGACCGACGUCUGAGCUUUUAUUUAAAGUGAUUUUAUUCACUGAUAUUCAGUGUCAAUCUUCGGUUGCUUUGCUUAUGACUUUCUUGUGUUACAGAAAUGAUAAUAAUAAUCCUCAACAUUAACCGUAAUACAUAACUCAUUUGUUUUAAAUACAAAUUUUUAUGGUUUUUUUCCCUUUAAAGGAAAGAAAUUUAUUUGAGUUAAUAAGA